CUGACUCGCCCCCAUGGGCCUCACAAUGCAGAUGCACAAGUGGGCCAUUGAGGCAUGAAGCAUGGAGAUGGGGGCAGGAAAAAGAGACAGGAAAGAAUCUGAAGACCAUUCUGCUGUAACAAUAAGAGACUCCCUCGGGGUCACCCACCCUGCGUGGCACCUUCCCAACACCCACUGGGCUUCUAGGAGCCCCUGUUUGUCAGGACAUGGGAUCAGAUAUAUCUCAUGAUGUCACCAUUUCACAAGUGAGGGGUGUGAGCCCAUGGGGGCAGGGCCCUUUCCCAAAGCUGGGAAGGGUAUGCCUGUGUCAGAGGCUGACCUGAUGCCCAGGCCUCUGACUUGCCCAAGGUCCCUGAGCAGGUCAGGGACAGGGAGGGCCCAGAGUUGAACAGAAAGUAGAAGCUGGAAUGUGGGGUUGGGGUAGAUAAUCAGCUGAUGGAACCGACCCCCGUUGAGCGCUGCCCUGGCUGUGUUCCCCUAGUUUGCGGGCGCCCAAGGAUGCUGAACCGGAUGGUGGGUGGGCAGGAUGCCUUGGAGGGCGAGUGGCCAUGGCAGGUCAGCAUCCAGCGAAAUGGAAGCCACUUCUGCGGGGGCAGCCUCAUCACAGAGCGGUGGGUCCUCACUGCGGCUCACUGCUUCUCCAACACCUCUGAAACAUCCCUGUACCAGGUCCUGCUGGGGGCGCGGCAGUUGGUGAACCCAGGGCCACAUGCCAUGUAUGCACGGGUGAAACGGGUGAAAAGCAACCCCCUAUAUCAGGGCAUGGCCUCCAGUGCCGAUGUGGCCUUGGUGGAGUUGGAGGCACCUGUGACCUUCACCAAUUAUAUUCUCCCCGUGUGUGUGCCUGACUCCUCGGUCAUCUUUGAGUCGGGCAUGGAAUGCUGGGUCACCGGCUGGGGCAGCCCCAGUGAACAAGACCGCUUGCCCAACCCUCGGAUCCUGCAGAAACUCGCUGUGCCCAUCAUUGACACGCCCAGGUGUAACCUACUCUACAGCAAAGAUGCCGAGUCGGGCUUUCAGCCGAAAACCAUCAAAGACGACAUGCUGUGCGCCGGCUUUGCUGAGGGCAAGAAGGACGCCUGCAAGGGUGACUCGGGGGGCCCUCUGGUGUGCCUCGUGGGCCAGUUGUGGCUACAGGCUGGGGUGAUCAGCUGGGGUGAAGGUUGUGCCCGCCGGAACCGCCCAGGCGUCUACAUCCGGGUUACCUCCCACUAUAACUGGAUCCAUCAGAUCAUCCCAGAAUUGCAGUUUCAGCAGGCCAGGUCGGGCAGCCAGACGCGGGGCCCCCAGGUCCAGCAGCCCCGCAAUCAGAGCUCUGCACCCUGCCUGGUAGCCCACAUCCUCCUCCUGGUCCUAGCAGCCCUGCUCACCUCCUUCUGAGCCCUGCUCUUGCAGGCGGACGAGCACAGCCCUGGAACCCACGUGUACAUUUGUAAAUAGCUCUCUGAUUCUCUCUUCUCUCAAAUGUCCAGUUAUUUUUAUUUAUGUUCACCCUCCAAUAAAACCCUAACCUCAGUACCAGC